AUGGUGACGGGCGGAAGGAGCCGCCAUCAGGUCUCGUUUGUGGCAGCCGGCGACGGGAAGUCGCUGCGAUCGUUGCGCAACGAGCGCAAGAACAUUCUCGAGGAGUUCGCGCAAGACAACAAUAUCAAGCCCGAGUCGGUCAAGAAGGCCUACAAGCGGUUCCAAGCCACCGACAAGGACGGGUCGGGGCAGAUUGACUACACCGAAUUCUGCGAAAUCAUGCUUGUGGACCCGUCGCCGCAGUGCGAGAAGCUCUUCCAGCUCUUUGACAACGACAAGGUUGGCCGCAUCGACGUGCGCGAGUUUAUGAUCAGUCUCUCCAACUUCACGGGCGCCGAAAAGGAAGAGAAGCUCAAAUUUGCCUUUAUGAUCUUCGACGAAGAUGGCAACGGCGUCUUGACCAAGCACGAGCUCAUGCGCAUCUUGAAGGCGAAUCACAUGGCUUCCAACGAGUCCGAGGUCGCACGAAAAGCAGACACAAUCAUGUCCCAAGGCGAUAAGGACGGCGACGGUGUUAUUUCAUUUGACGAGUUCGCCCUCGUGAGCAAGAAGUUUCCCAACAUUCUCUUCCCCGCCUACACCCUCACGCAGCAAGCUGUAUAA